UUAGGGUCUCUAGGAAAAGAGAGUACUAAUAAAGAUCUGAGGCUACACAAGAAACCAAAUAUGGGAACUUUCUCAGGGUCGAGGCAAUGGCCUCGACUCAUCUACUUAGUGGCAUUUUGCCUACUUGCAAUUAGUGUCAUUGCUAAGCCUGAUGAUGAAGAUCAUGAUAGGAAACCUUUCCCUCAUGAAAAACAUAAAAAAGAGCAUGAAGAACAUCCACACCAUCAUCAUCAUCAUAAACGACAUCCACAUGAACAUAAAUCUCCACCACCUCCACCUUAUGGUUACAAAUCACCGCCUCCACCAAUCUAUUCUCCACCACCUCCAUAUGUUUAUAAAUCUCCUCCUCCACCGGUUCAUUCUCCGCCUCCUCCAGUGCAUUCACCUCCACCACCAUAUAUCUACAAGUCUCCUCCACCAUCAAAUCACUCACCGCCUCCACCUUAUGUUUAUAAAUCACCUCCUCCUCUGAUUCACUCACCUCCUCCACCAGUUCACUCUCCGCCCCCACCAUAUGUUUAUAAAUCUCCACCUCCUCCAGUUCAUUUUCCGCCUCCAUCAGUUCACUCACCACCUCCACCGUAUGUUUACAAAUCACCUCCUCCUCCUGUUCACUCACCUCCUCCACCAGUCCACUCUCCGCCCCCACCAUACGUUUAUAAAUCUCCACCUCCUCCAGUUCACUCACCUCCUCCACCAUACAUUUAUAAAUCUCCACCUCCUCCAGUUCAUUCUCCGCCUCCACCAGUUCAUUCACCGCCUCCACCGUAUGUUUACAAAUCACCUCCUCCUCCUGUUCACUCACCUCCUCCACCAGUCCACUCUCCACCACCACCAUAUGUUUAUAAAUCUCCACCUCCUCCAGUUCACUCUCCGCCUCCACCAGUUCAUUCACCGCCUCCACCGUAUGUUUACAAAUCACCUCCUCCACCAGUCCACUCUCCGCCUCCACCGUACGUUUAUAAAUCCCCACCUCCUCCAGUUCACUCACCGCCUCCACCGUACGUUUACAAAUCACCUCCUCCUCCUGUUCACUCACCUCCUCCACCAUUCCACUCUCCGCCACCACCAUAUGUUUAUAAAUCUCCACCUCCUCCAGUUCACUCUCCGCCUCCGCCAGUUCACUCACCGCCCCCACCAUAUGUUUAUAAAUCUCCACCUCCUCCAGUUCACUCUCCGCCUCCACCAGCUCACUCACCGCCUCCACCGUAUGUUUACAAAUCACCUCCUCCACCAGUCCACUCUCCGCCCCCACCAUAUGUUUAUAAAUCUCCACCUCCUCCAGUUCACUCACCGCCUCCACCGUACGUUUACAAAUCACCUCCUCCUCCUGUUCACUCACCUCCUCCACCAGUCCACUCUCCGCCACCACCAUAUGUUUAUAAAUCUCCACCUCCUCCAGUUCACUCACCGCCUCCACCGUAUGUUUACAAAUCACCUCCUCCACCAGUCCACUCUCCGCCUCCACCAUAUGUUUACAAAUCACCUCCUCCUCCUGUUCACUCACCUCCUCCACCAGUCCACUCUCCACCCCCACCGUAUGCUUAUAAAUCUCCACCUCCUCCAGUUCACUCUCCGCCUCCACCAAUUCACUCACCACCUCCACCAUAUGUUUACAAAUCACCUCCUCCUCCUGUUCACUCACCUCCUCCACCAGUCCACUCUCCGCCCCCACCAUAUGUUUAUAAAUCUCCACCUCCACCAGUCCACUCUACGCCUCCACCGUACGUUUACAAAUCACCUCCUCCACAAGUCCACUCUCCACCCCCACCAUAUGUUUAUAAAUCUCCACCUCCUCCAGUUCACUCUCCGCCUCCACCAAUUCACUCACCGCCUCCACCGUAUGUUUACAAAUCACCUCCUCCACCAGUCCACUCUCCGCCCCCACCAUAUGUUUAUAAAUCUCCACCUCCUCCAGUUCACUAUCCGCCUCCACCGUACGUUUACAAAUCACCUCCUCCUCCGGUUCACUCACCCCCUCCACCAGUCCACUCCCCACCUCCACCGUACGUUUACAAAUCACCUCCUCCACCAGUCCAUUCACCUCCACCACCAUAUAUCUACAAGUCUCCUCCUUCACCAGUUCACUCUCCACCUCCUCCAAUACAUUCACCUCCACCACCAUAUAUCUACAAGUCUCCUCCACCGCCUCCACCGUACGUUUACAAAUCACCUCCUCCUUCAGUUUACUCACCCCCUCCACCAGUCCAUUCCCCUCCUCCACCGUACGUUUACAAAUCACCUCCUCCACCAAUUCACUCGCCUCCACCACCAUAUAUCUAUAAGUCUCCUCCUCCACCUGUUCACUCACCGCCUCCACCAUAUGUUUACAAAUCACCUCCUCCACCAAUCCACUCUCCACCCCCUCCAUAUGUCUAUAAAUCUCCUCCCCCACCAGUUCAUUCUCUGCCUCCUCCAGUGCAUUCACCUCCACCACCAUAUAUUUACAAGUCUCCUCCACCACCAAUUCACUCACCGCCUCCACCAUACGUUUACAAAUCACCUCCUCCACCAGUCCAUUCCCCACCCCCACCAUAUAUUUAUAAAUCUCCACCUCCUCUAGUUCACUCUCCGCCUCCACCGGUCCACUCACCACCUCCCCCAUAUGUUUACAAAUCACCUCCUCCACCAGUCCACUCUCCGCCUCCUCCAGUCCAUUCACCUCCACCACCAUAUGUUUACAAAUCACCUCCUCCACCAAUCCAUUCUCCUCCCCCACCAUAUGUCUAUAAAUCUCCUCCUCCACCAGUUCACUCUCCACCUCCUUCUCCAUCUGUCCACUCCCCGCCACCACCAUAUGCUUAUAAGUCUCCCCCUCCUCCUGUCCACUCACCACCUCCACCAGUCCAUUCACCCCCACCACCAUAUAUUUACAAGUCUCCUCCUCCAUCAGUUCACUCACCGCCUCCACCGUAUGUUUACAAAUCACCCCCUCCUCCAUAUCACACACCGUCACCACUAAUUCACUCACCACCACCUCCAUAUAUCUAUAAGUCUCCACCACCUCCAGUGCACUCACCACCUCCACCAUAUAUCUAUAAAUCCCCACCUCCUCUAGCCCACUCACCUCCACCACCCCACGUAUAUGUAUAUCCGCUGCAGUCACCUCCACCUCCUCAUGUUCCCAAUCAUCCACCAUACCUCUAUAACUCACCCCCACCUCCUCCAAAAGGCUAUUAACCUUGCUUUUAAUUAUAAGCUAUCUUAAAUUGCUUCAGUAUUAUUAUGGCAUGCAUGUGUUGCGGUUAGGAACUAUAACUUCAUUAAUAACAGGGGUUAUACGAUCUACACUAAAGGAAAUUGUCUUUAAAUGUAACCUUCUUAUGUAUACGUUUUAUUCAGAAGUUUGUUCUGCUCUAACAAUGUUCAACCAUUGUCAUUCGCUUAUGUUAAGUAUCCAUUUACUUAUUUGCAUGAUAUUCUUAUGUAACUUGUGAGGUGCUACUUCGAAAUAAAUACUUUAUUUGACAUUA